AUGAGCGGCAAGCUCAAUUUGACCGGAGCCGACCCGGAGGACUCCCAGGAGCGGAUCAAGCGCUGUUUCCGGCAGCGCGCCAAGGAACUGCAUCCCGACCUGACGGUGCUCGACGACGACCAGGCGGAGUCGCGCAUGCGGCGGUUGCUGGAUGCCUACCGCGUGCUCUGCGACCCGGAGCGGCGCAGCGAAUACGACCGACUGUACGGCCGCGCGCUGCGCCGGCGCCGCUUCGACUACCGGUCGUUCCUGCGUUCGCGCGCCGAUCCGGUGAGCCUGGCCAAGCUGGUGCUGUACGACCUGAUGCGCUCACGUGAUCGGGAGGCGCUGGCCACCUUCGGUCAACUCCAGUCGCACGUCGACUCCGAUCUGGCAUCGCUGCUGGACUACGACGACUUCAUGGACUGCGCCUAUCUGCUGGCCGAGGCGCUGGAGCGCGACGGCGCGUACGACAAGGCGUGCGAGUACUACCUGCGGGUCUACCAUGCGGAGGCCUCGCGUCCCUACUUCCGCCACUUCAUAGCGGAGGUAAUCGAGCGCAUGCGUGAUGUGGCGUGCUUCAAGAUGGCCGGAAGCGCGGCGCCGGUCGACUCGGUACGCUGGAUCGAGGAGUUGAUCGAUCUCGAUCUGUCCGAUCGGGAGUCGGCGUUCUUCUGCAAGCGCAUCGCGGAGAUCUACUCCGACGAGGGGGAUCUGGCGGCGGCUCGGCGCUAUCUGGAGCGCGCGCUGCGCCUGGAUGAGGGGCUUGCCGGCGUCAAGAAGCUCAAGGAGCGGAUCGGACUGCACCAGCCGGUCAUGCAGCAUCGCAGACAGCCGACAUAG